GUUUCAGUCUCGGUCGAUCUCUGAGCUCAAGGGAAAAAGCUUUCAACUCUCGGUACACACAAAGAGAAGAUGUCUGAGUUCAAGGCAGCUCUUUCUGAUCCUUUCCUGGCAGAUUUGGAGGAAUUGUCAGACAAUGAAGCCGAUCUUGCUAAUGAAGAUGACAUGGGUGUUGGAAACAUGGAAGAAGACGAUGAUGGGGAGAUGGCAGAUAUUGAAGCUCUUAAUUACGAUGAUCUGGACAGUGUCUCAAAAUUACAGAAAACACAACGUUACAUUGACAUUAUGCAGAAAGUUGAAGAUGCGCUAGAGAAGGGGUCUGAUAUGUCAAAUCAUGGGAUAGUUUUGGAAGAUGAUCCUGAAUACCAGUUGAUAGUGGAUUGCAAUGCAUUGUCAGUUGAUAUUGAGAAUGAAAUUGUUAUUAUCCACAACUUUAUCCGUGAUAACUACCGUUUGAAAUUUCCGGAGCUUGAGUCACUUGUGCAUCACCCAAUUGAUUAUGCUCGAGUUGUUAAGAAGAUUGGGAACGAAAUGGAUUUAACCCUUGUUGACCUUGAGGGGCUUUUACCUUCAGCUAUCAUUAUGGUUGUUUCAGUUACAGCAUCAACUACUAGUGGCAAGCCACUUCCAGAGGAAAACCUUAAAAAGACAGUUGAUGCAUGUGACAGAGCUCUUGCUCUAGAUUUAGCUAAGAAAAAAGUCCUUGAUUUUGUAGAGAGCAGAAUGGGUUAUAUUGCGCCCAAUCUUUCUGCUAUAGUUGGCAGUGCUGUUGCUGCUAAACUUAUGGGGACUGCUGGUGGUCUCACAGCAUUAGCUAAGAUGCCAGCCUGUAAUGUUCAGCUUCUUGGUGCCAAGAAAAAGAACCUUGCAGGGUUUUCUACUGCAACAUCCCAAUUUCGCGUAGGUUAUAUCGAGCAAACAGAGAUAUUUCAGAGCACACCCCCUUCCUUGAGAAUGCGAGCCUGCCGGCUUUUGGCUGCAAAAUCAACACUUUCUGCACGAGUAGAUUCUACAAGGGGAGAUCCUACAGGGAAAACUGGAAGAACCUUGCGAGAAGAGAUCCUUAAGAAGAUUGAGAAAUGGCAAGAGCCACCUCCUGCAAAACAACCUAAACCUCUUCCAGUUCCUGAUUCUGAGCCUAAAAAGAAGAGAGGUGGUCGUCGGCUAAGGAAGAUGAAGGAGAGGUAUGCUAUAACGGACAUGAGGAAGCUGGCCAAUAGGAUGCAAUUUGGUGUUCCUGAAGAGAGUUCUUUAGGGGAUGGACUGGGGGAAGGAUAUGGAAUGCUCGGUCAGGCUGGGAAUGGGAAGUUGCGUGUAUCAGUUGGUCAGAGUAAACUUGCUGCCAAAGUUGCUAAAAAGUUCAAGGAAAAGCAAUAUGGAAGCAGUGGUGCUACCUCAGGACUGACUUCAAGUUUGGCCUUCACACCUGUGCAGGGAAUUGAGCUGUCAAAUCCCCAGGCUCAUGCAAAUCAGCUUGGAAGUGGAACCCAAAGUACCUACUUUUCUGAAAUAGGAACCUUUUCAAAGAUCAAGAGGACCUGAGCGAGCAAGACUGAAGCAUUUCUUUAUGGUACAAGGUUGCCUGCCCGAGUAUCAGUCUCAUCUCUGCCUUGUGUCAAUCCAACAUUCUGAACUUUUCAUGGCCUGGUAGAUGGUGCUCAGCUCUGCUCCCUGAAGCUAAUACACCAGUCUCCUUUCCUUUUCUUGGGGGUUCAAAGGUGCAGGUAGAUUUCUCAAUGUUGUUGAGAAGCUUAGAACCCAUUUUACAAUAUGUUUUUGAUUAUGGCUUGAGUAACCAAAUCCUGGUUUUACUGCCCGUGCCCAGUAGUUUAUAUUGAGAUACAAGCUAGGGCAGAACCAAAAUUUCUCACUUCUUGUAUAUUAAUUAUUAUUACCUCUGUUAGGUAAGUACAUUAAUGCAUACAAAAUUCUAGAUA